ACAAGGACAGCGACGACAGAUAGUUAGCUUCAUGGCUAAGUAUAAAGUUUGUUUGACUAAAUGAGAAAAUCUGCAGAAGAGGAUUUCACAACAUAUUUGCAAUACUGAUGGUUUAGAACUGUGUUAAAACGUUUCAUGGCACAGCGUUUCCAAACUCGGCGGCUUGGCCUUGAACUGUAAUGGCCGGGAUACGUGACCACUUUCCAAGGCAUCAUGCCUGCGUUUUAUUGUGUAUUUAGGACACUGUUCAGCACCAAAUGUGCCACUGUGCCAACCUGAGCCUGACUCAUUUGUCCUCUUGAACAUUUCCAAGUGCACCUUACAAGUAGUGAUGGAACGCUGAGCCUCCUCUGUUUAAACAGAAAGGGAGUUGAUUUCCGGCUUUUUGAACAGGGUGGACAUCAUGGCAGGACAGUGGGAUCCAGUAGAGAUCAGCACUAGAAUUUCUCCUGAUGAUGCAUUAGUACAUGACCAAAUAUAUCAAGCGACUGGCUAUGAAACUCUUUCCUCCUCCUCUCUGCUCAAUCAUUCUGAGGAAAAGGAAAGUGGUACACAAGCAUCUCAGAAGGUGCUGGACAGUCUUAACUCUGGACACCACAGCGCAGUUCAGCAGGAAGACUGCGGUUACAUGGAUGCAGGGGAGGAUGUGGAGAAAGGUGAAGUAGGUGGACAUACAAGGACGUACAGCGGGACAGAUCAGCUGGGGGCCGAUGAAGAUAGUCGGUUUAAUGAAAUUGAUGAGGAGGAAGGAGAAGAGAGUUGCAGAAAUGGAGCUGGGAAGGAGGCAGAUUCCAGCGGGGAGUCAGCGUCUCGUUUUGCAUCAGUGAGGAAAGGAAAAUCCAGAAAAAGUGGUUCAAGCUCAGGGCCAGGUGACCAGUGUUCAUCAUGGACUUCUCCAUCCUUUUCUUAUAAAUCCUGCCUGUCCUCUGGGGCGAGCAGGCACAAGCAGGUCCGGCGCCGGAACCACCACCAUCACAAUCAGGGUCGCUUACGGAGGCAAAAUGGCUUCCAGCUGAUGAUGGGCUUUAGAGAUUUCAUAGCGGAGUCUAUCAGUUCUUGGAGUAUAUCUUGUAUCCGUAUGGUGGUGGACCUCAUUGUGUCUUUGACUCACCACUGUGGGGUUGCUGUGGAAUCAGGAGCGUUUGCACUUUACAUCUUUGGCUCCCAUUUGUUCUUCAAGAUCACAGAUGUUCCUGGCAUGAAACAGGAUUUAAGACGACUGGUGGACUGGACUUGGUGUUCAAUUGCGACUUUCAUACUUUGGGUCACCAAGGCCACAAGCCUGGCCCAACGAGCCCUUCUUUCGAGUUAUGCCUUCCUAAGAGUAACAGUGUGCUUGGGCACCCGAUUGAUUAAGUGUGUCUUGGAAAGGGUGGGUGGAGAAAGAGGCAGGCAGUGGUGGCUCGCCCUUCAGAAGUGCUGGGCUUGGAAAAAAGGGGUCACACUUGUCGGAAGGAUUAGAGGACGGUUCUGGAAACGCAGCUUCACAGAUGACAUGCCAAAUCCAGAGUCCCCAUACAGGGGGACGGAGAGGUAUCAGCCUGGACAAGAGCUUGAGAGACUGCUGGCAUUAGCACAGAUCCCUGAAGAGGAGCUUGACCCAUUCAAUGUUCUGGGUGUGAAUACGCAAGCCACAGAGUCUGAAUUGAAGAGGGCCUAUAGACAGCUGGCUGUACAGGUUCACCCAGACAAGAACAAGCACCCCCGUGCCGGCGAGGCUUUCAAAGUUCUCAGAGCUGCGUGGGACAUCGUCAGUAACCCAGAGACAAGGCGGGAGUAUGAACUGAAACGGAUGGCAGCGACGGAGCUCUCCCGAUCGAUGAACGAAUUCCUGGCGAAGUUGCAGGAUGACCUAAAGGAGGCCAUGAACACCAUGAUGUGCACCAAAUGCGAGGGCAAGCACAAGCGCUUUGAGAUGGACCGUGAAUCCCAUGAGGCUCGUUUCUGUGGCGAGUGCAAUAAGCGACACAGUGCUGAGGAGGGAGACCUGUGGGCGGAGUCAAGUAUGCUGGGACUACGCAUCACUUACUUUGCCUUCAUGGACGGCAAAGUCUACGACAUUACCGAGUGGGCAGGUUGCCAGCGGAUUGGCAUAUCACCCGACACGCAUCGUGUGCCAUACCACAUCUCUUUUGGUUCCAAAAGUAACAGCAGCACCAACCGCCAUAGAUCCACCUCAGACCAUCCAGGUGCAGGUUCAUCAGCAGACCUGCAGGACCUCUUCAACCGCAUCUUCCAGGGAGGAGCUUCCGCUGAUUCCUGUGCCAAUGGCGGGUUCUUCCACUCAGGAACUCCUCCCCAUCACCCCUCAGGGGCCAGUACAGGGACUGGUGGGCUCUUUUCUGGACCCCCUCCCCAGACAGGCUUCUUUUCCCCUCCUGCGGGGCAGCGGGGAGAACCCAGUGAAUGUUGGGGCGAAGGCGGAAAGCCCCCUCGCCGGCGGAAGAAGGCCCGUAAACCCUUUCAGCGCUGAGCAGCGGUGUGGUACGUUAUGGUGGGUAGGACAGAGAUGGACCAUGGCAGGCGCCGCCACAGAUUUCUCCUGGGCUCGGCAGACCUGUGCACAUGCACAAGGAUGAAGUGGAUUCACCUCAGAAGAAUGCCUCAGUGCUGGUAUAUUGACUCUUCUCUGUGCCAACAGGAACAAAAAAAAAAUUAUACUUUUUUUCCUUUUUUUUUUUUUUUUUUUUUAAAA